GGGAAGGGUGCGACGAAUGAAGGCAAGGGAGUCGGAGGGAGCCAAUACUCCCACCUCAGCUCCUCUCCUCCAGCAGCAAACGCUCAGCCCCCGCCCUCCCUCUCCAUUCCGGACCCUCCUCCCGGAUGGCAACAGGGCAGCACCAGCGAGGCGGCGGCAGGGCUCCGACUGUCACGUUCAUUCCCCGCCGCUUUUCCAGUCCCCUGCCUCCUCGCCCCUCCUCCCUCCUCCCCUGCCCGGGUUUGGAGGCGAUUCCCCUUUAGUGACUGAGACGAUAGCAUCAGGGCGAGCGGCGCUUCGCCUCCCUCGCGUCUUUGUCUCCUCCUCCUGCGAGGCUCCGGGGCCGGGCGCAGGGUCUGCAGCACCAGCCGCAGAAGCGGGAGCCCAGCGGUGCUCUGCACGGCAGCCCGGGGCCGCGCCCUCGCUCGGCAGAGGCGCCGGAGGACGCCAGCGAGCCACGCACUGCCCGCGUCCCGCGCUCCAGCCGCCGCGCACUACCGCCGCCGCCGCGACCCAGAACGAGCCCUCCCCGCCGGCCCGGUUCGGGGUGGGCAGCCCGGCUAGCAGCGGGGUGGGAAGAGCGGCCGCUGCAGUUCUGGCGGCGCACACCCCCAGGCUUACGCAUCCAACGCCUCCUCCCUGCGCCACGAGGAUGGAGCAGCCACCCCGGCCCGGGACUGGCGCAAGAAUAAAUAAGUGUAGGUGGGGCAGCCAUUAAGCAACCCAGAUGUCUGGACCACUGACUGAGAAGAUGCACCUUUUCCCUUUUGUGGCUGAAUGACUACCAGGUGAUCAUCUUCCUCUAGUCCCUGAAUGAAAACAUCAGUCAGCCCCAUGAUUUUGUGCCAGUCUCAGGUACCCAAGCAAGGACAGGAAUAAUGAAGAGACACGUGUGUUAGUUGCAACCUUUUGAACCAAGCAAGAAAGAUAUCAACAGUGUGGACAGGGCUGGAACGGUUGCCACGCUUGCUUGUUGGAGUGAAUGAGGAAUGGGCUUGUGAUUAUGCUGACAUUCCAGCAUGAAUCUGGUAGACCUGUGGUUAACCCGUUCCCUCUCCAUGUGUCUCCUCCUACAAAGUUUUGUUCUUAUGAUACUGUGCUUUCAUUCUGCCAGUAUGUGUCCCAAGGGCUGUCUCUGUUCUUCCUCUGGGGGUUUAAAUGUCACCUGUAGCAAUGCAAAUCUCAAGGAAAUACCUAGAGAUCUUCCUCCUGAAACAGUCUUAUUGUACCUGGACUCCAAUCAGAUCACAUCUAUCCCCAACGAGAUUUUUAAGGACCUCCAUCAACUGAGAGUUCUCAACUUGUCCAAAAAUGGCAUUGAGUUUAUCGAUGAGCAUGCCUUCAAAGGAGUAGCUGAAACUUUGCAGACUCUGGACUUGUCUGACAACCGGAUUCAAAGCGUGCACAAAAAUGCCUUCAAUAACCUGAAGGCCAGGGCCAGAAUUGCCAACAAUCCUUGGCACUGUGACUGUACUCUACAGCAAGUUCUGAGGAGCAUGGCAUCUAACCAUGAGACAGCCCACAAUGUGAUCUGUAAGACUUCUGUGUUGGAUGAACACGCCGGGAGACCAUUCCUCAAUGCUGCCAAUGAUGCUGACCUUUGUAACCUCCCUAAAAAGACUACUGAUUAUGCCAUGCUGGUCACCAUGUUUGGCUGGUUCACCAUGGUGAUCUCCUAUGUGGUGUAUUACGUGAGGCAAAAUCAGGAGGAUGCCCGAAGACACCUUGAAUACUUGAAAUCCCUGCCAAGCAGGCAGAAGAAAGCAGAUGAGCCCGAUGACAUUAGCACUGUGGUAUAGAGUCCAAGCAGCCUGGCACUGAGAAAGAAAUUCGUUGGCAAUUGCAAUAGAUUAAGUGGUUUACUUCUUCCAUCCAUUGUAAACAUUUAAAACUUUGUAUCUCCGUUUCUUUUGAAUUAUGCCACUGUUGAACUUUUAACAAACAUGAUGACAUAACAAAUCAUUCUAGUUUAGGUGACCCACCCCUUACUUGUACCCCCAGUGGUAUAUUCCUGAGUAAGCUACUAUCUGAACAUAACUUAGAUCCAUCUCACUAUUUAAUAACGAAAUUUAUUUUUUUAAUUUAAAACCAAAUAAAAGCUUAACUUUGAA